AUGGCGAGUGUGGUGGUGAAGACAAUCUGGCAGUCCAAAGAGAUCCAUGAGGCCGGUGAUCCCCCUGCAGGGGUUGACAGCUGCUCCCAGCUGGUCCCUAAACCUCCUGGGGGGGUGACCAGCCUGGCCAAGGGGAUUGCAAAGAAAAAGAAGGCCGUGUCGUUCCAUGGGGUGGAGCCCCGGAUGUCCCACGAGCCAAUGCACUGGUGCCUGAACCUCAAACGGUCCUCAGCUUGCACCAAUGUGUCAUUGCUCAACCUGGCUGCCAUGGAGCCCUCUGAGUCCUUGGGGACAGAGUCGAUCACAGAAGACAGCAGUUCACUAACACUGCCUGGGCCCCCUGCCUCUCCCAUCCCACUCUGGGCUACAGAUGACCCAGACAUCACUGAAAUACUGAGUGGGGUCAACAGUGGAUUAGUUCGUGCCAAAGACUCCAUCACCAGCUUGAAGGAAAAGACCACCCGGGUUAACCAGCAUGUACAGACCCUGCAGAGUGAGUGUUCAGUACUGAGUGAGAAUCUAGAGAGAAGGCGGCAAGAGGCGGAAGAAUUGGAGAGGUACUGUAAUCAACUCAAGGAGAACUGCCGGAAGGUGACCCGUUCGGUGGAAGAUGCUGAAAUCAAAACCAACGUCUUGAAGCAGAACUCUGCCCUGCUGGAGGAGAAGCUUCGCUACCUCCAGCAGCAACUGCAGGACGAGACGCCGCGGAGGCAGGAGGCCGAACUGCAGGAGCUGGAGCAGAAGCUGGAGGCUGGCUUCUCCCGGCACGGCCUGGGCCCCGACGCCCCGCCCCGGGGCUGCUCCGGCCCGCCAGGGAGCCCCGAGGAACCCCCGCGGCCGCGCGGCAUGGCCCCAGGCGGCUGGGGAAUGGGGCCCCGGGCAGCGGAGAGCCCCCACGUGAACGAGCAGGAGUUGCAGAAAGUCUCCGCCGACCUCGGGGAGCUGAGGAGGGAGGUGUCCUCGCUGACCGUCCGGUGGCAUCAGGAGGAGGGGGCGGUGCAGGAAGCCCUGAGGCUGCUCGGGGGCCUGGGAGGCAGGCUUGACGGUUUUUUGGGCCAGUGGGAGCGGGCGCAGCGAGAGCAGGCGCAGACGGCGCGGGGCUUGCAGGAGCUGCGAGGUCGGGCGGACGAGCUGUGCACCAUGGUGGAGCGGUCAGCAGUGUCUGUGGCUUCACUGAGGAGCGAACUGGAGGGGCUGGGCCCGAUGAAACCGAUCCUGGAGGAGCUGGGACGGCAAUUUCAGAACUCUCGAAGGGGCCCUGACCUUUCCAUGCACCUGGAUCGGGCCCCCCAAGGUUCCUGUGCCCGCUGUGCCAGCCAGGGACAGCAGUUGUCUACAGAGUCCCUGCAGCAGCUGCUGGAGCGAGCACUAACCCCACUAGUGGACGAGGUGAAGCAGAGAGGUCUGGCUCCUGCCUGCCCUAGCUGCCAGAGGCUACACAAGAAGAUUCUGGAGCUGGAGCGCCAGGCCUUGGCCAAACACGUCAGGGCAGAGGCUCUGAGCUCCACCCUUCGACUGGCCCAAGACGAGGCCCUGCGGGCCAAGAACCUGCUGCUGACGGACAAGAUGAAGCCGGAGGAGAAGGUGGCCGCUCAGGACUAUCUACACUUGAAGAUGUGCUCCCUCCAUGACCAACUCAGCAACCUGCCACUUGAGGGGUCCACAGGGACAAUGGGGGGAGGAAGUGAUGGGGGGACUCCCCCAAAACAUGGGGGCCCUGCUCCUGAACAAUAAAU